AGAGGCUCCCGGGACCGCGGCGAUGGUCGACUCGACGUCCGACUCGCUGCUAGUCAGUCGGCUCUCGGAACUGAUUUCCAUCCCAGAAGAAAUGAGCCAAAGCCAGAGACCACCAGACAGCCCGGGUGUCACUCAAACAGGAACGUACUCAACGUGCGUCAUCCCAACUUCAAAAUUGUGUCUCGAAAUUUUCUCCCUACUGGCAUAGCAGGCCACAAGACAAAAGUUCUAAAGCUCUCCACCAAGAAACUGACUCUUUGAGACAGAAUGAGUACAAGUCUAAGAGUUCUCUCAAAAACAAUCAAUGCUUUGGUGGCAAGCAGAGAGGCACAGCUAAACCACAGUCCAUCUGGUUUACCAAGGGAAACAGGAAAAGAGACAACUGAGAAGAACACACUCACCCUUAGAACACAGCUCAAACCCCAGCAGAGGCGCCCAGGCAGAAUGGGAUAUGAUUGUGGAGCAGUUGGUACCCAUGUCUUGUUGGAAAUACUGGAGUGAGCAGUUUGCAAAGCCUUAGGUGUUUCGCAGAGAAUAUUUCCAGCUAUAUGACAGACGUUAAGCCUUUGCCUCCCAACAUAAAAGACAGACUGAUUCACAUGAUGAGCCUGCGAGGGAAGAUAACAGAUUCAAAUAUAAGUGAGAUGUUACAUCCAGAAGUUCAAAGUCUAGAUCUACGAAGCUGUGAUGUUUCUGAUACCACUCUCCUGCACCUGUGUAGCUGCCAAAAACUGAAGACGUUAAAAUUACGGAACUCAAAAGGAAACCGUGUCUCCAUCACAUCAGUAGGAGUGAAAGCUGUGGCUUCGGCCUGCCCAUCCUUGCAUGUGGUUUCUAUGCAAAGAUGCCACGGGCUCACUGACGAAGGAGUAGUGGCCCUUGCCCUCAACUGCCGGGAGCUGAGGUUCGUCGACCUGAGUGGCUGCCUGUGCAUUACUGAUGUCUCCUUACACGCACUAGGAAACAACUGCCCAUUUUUACAGUUCGUUGACUUCUCAGCCACCCAGGUAUCUGACAGAGGUGUGGUUGCGCUUGUUAGUGGACCUUGUGCCAACAAAUUAGAGGAGAUUAACAUGGGACAUUGUGUGAAUGUGACAGAUGAGGCCGUGGAAGCUGUCGUCCUGUCCUGCUCUCGGAUACGGAUCCUGCUCUUCCAGGAGUGCCCCCAGUUAACAGAACGCUCACAGGACGCCGUGGAGCUGUCACUACGCCUAAGCAAACUGAAGCAGGUGGCAUGGACCGCAUACUGAGGGUUCUGGAGACCGUCAGUGCUCCGGAGGCUGACCAACACUACUCACCCAGAAAACUCUGUACAGAGCUUGUUUCCACCUAAUUUAACACCACUCUUACUGUGCUGUCUCCUUUCAGCUAGAACUCAGAAACUCAGCUGAAUGGAAGCAUGCGCAGGUUUGCGUUUUGAAGUUAACCAGCCCGUUAAACACUUAAUACUGCUGUUACUCUUUAUCCAUUUGAUGAGUCAUUGUUUUUCAAAUGUAAUUCCACCAUGAACUCAUUAUCUGUUGGGGGAGGGGGCAGGGCAUACAUUUUGUUUCUUACAUAUCAAGAUCAUAAAUUAUUUGUUUUCCCUUGAGAUUUCCUUCUCCUAUGCAGGUGUUGAAAUUUAUUGACAUUGCAUAAACUAUAGGAAAAUUCCAAGUAAAGCAUGUGUUAACGCAUACCUUC